AUGCCCCCAGUAGCUACGCCCUUUCGUGCCUCCUCUCGUCGCAGUGCAGGCCCGCAGUUCGCGUCAACCCCGCGGUUCUUCCUUUCCCAAACACCCGCUUCAUCGAGGCCAUCCCAGGAAGUCGACUCCAUUGACCAAGAUGACUUUGCGUAUGCUACUCCUGCUCCAUCCGCACGUAAUAUAAAACGUGUGAGAGAGCAGGUACCCACUCCUCACCCAAAAGAGUUCAUCGAAGACUCGGACCAGCCAGACGAUGACGCUGCACCAAACGAGGGCGAACUUCAGAGUAGCUCUCCGCCAGAACCAGGGGAGCUCGACGCCGCAUUCGAUGAAGUAUUCGGAUCUAUACGAGACCGCCAGAAGAGACGUCGCGUCUCUGGGAAUAAUGACGCUGAUGACACUCCCUCCGUUCAACGUCGGAGACCUGCCGACAGGAUCCUGACCUCCUCCCCGGAUCCCCCAGGAGCAGCAGACGAGUCAACCCUAUCGGUAAACUUCCACACACCAAGGCAGACACGACCAGAAUCAGGGUUCCGGAAACCCGUGCGGCCUGCAGAAACACCACAUCCUGUAACACCAGCAAGCAUCAACCCAUCUUCUCUCCAACCCCGUCGUUUCGUGCUAUCCGCAUCGCAACUACCUCCAAGUAGCCAGACUCAAACCAACACCGCAAUACCACCCUCGACCGCAACUCCGGCUCCAACCUCGCAGCGACGAACACCAGCAUUCGUCCUGCCUCGCUCCCCCUCCCCUCAGGAGGACGAUGACCCCACCGGCAUCCCCACGCCGUUCUCGCCUUCCUCUCGUGCUCUCCGGCGGCGCGGCCGUCACCGUUCCACAGCGCACAACUAUGUACCUGGUGGCAUGGCAGCGGAAGUGCGCAGCUGGAUUUUAGAAAUGGGUGCGAAAAGGGAACAGCAACAGAUGAGUCCGAGCUAUUACCGGAGAACGGAUUCAUCCUCAUUGCACCUCUACACGAUAGCUAUCCGGAUAACAAGUGCUCGCCAAUCGGCCCUGCCGAGUUGUGGUGCUCUGGUGUUCGCCCAGGGUCAACUCAUCAGUUCUUCUGAGACCAACGAGACAGAUACCGAGCCCCAGACUCAGAUGAAGAACGUGCUUCUUCUUGGACCACCCCGACAACAGAAGUCCCGACAUACAGCGACUAACGUUCCUGAUCUUAACCCCGGGGAUGUGGUCGGGGUUUUUCGAGGACUGGCUUGGGAGGUAGAGCUGGGAAAGCCUGCUCCGGCUUCAGAAAUAGGCCUUGACCUGAACGAUCUCAUUCCAUCGGACCGUUCACACGUCCAAAGCGCACGUAAAUGGCACGUGGGCAUGGAAUGGGAACUAAUCUCGUAG